AUGAACACCUUAAGUUCAACUUCUCUCUGCAAUCACCAAAUUUCAAGAUUUCCUUUUACUGUUUCAAACCCGAGAAACAUAUCUCCAUUUCCCAGCAGAGUCUUCUUCAAACUAUAUGCCAAUGCCAAUACCAAUGAGUUAGAUACACAGGCACAGGCAGUGGAGGAGCCAAAACAAGAGCUAGAAGCUGAUCCAAAGGAAGCAGGCAAGGCCUCCCCUGCUUCUCCACUUGACAAGGACCUCAAAAAGGUUGUUCAGAAGACUGCUGCAACCUUUGCACCAAGGGCUUCCACAGCUUCCAAAAACCCUGCUGUGCCUGGCAGUACUCUGUACACUGUUUUUGAGGUUCAAGCCUAUGCCUCCAUGCUGCUUGGUGGAGUUCUGUCUUUUAAUCUCAUAUUCCCAUCAAAUGAACCAGACAUAUGGAGAUUGAUGGGCAUGUGGUCCAUUUGGAUGUUUACGAUUCCUUCACUGCGUGCACGAGACUGCUCAAAAAAUGAGAAAGAAGCUCUAAACUAUCUCUUUCUUCUCGUCCCUUUACUUAAUGUGACAAUCCCAUUCUUUUGGAAGUCCUUUGCGGUUGUUUGGUCCGCCGACACCGUAGCCUUCUUCGCCAUGUAUGCAUGGAAGAAGCAUAUAUUCUGUUUCUACAGCUUGGUUGGCUACAAAGAAAAAGCUAGGAAUCCAAAUCGCUUCAUUUCUUCAAAUGAAAUGAUAGGCACAUGA